AUGGUGCAAUCUGUGCGGCUCGGUGGGACUGCGAAGGACGUGGUAGUUUGCAGAGUCGGGAUGGGGCUCGCUAUGCUCACUUCCCUUGCGGAUGGCGGUCCGCCGGAAGAACAGGCCUUUGAAGCCAUCAAGGCUGCAGUUGACGCUGUCCCUGUUGGUUCGAAGCUGCUUCUAAAUAGCGCCCAAUUCUACGGACCGAACCAGAGCACGGCCAACCUUGAACUUCUGUCGCGCUUCUUCGACAAGUACUCCGGAUAUGCGGACAAGGUCUUUCUCUGUGUCAAGGGCGGUACAGAGCCCAAUAGCUUCAAGAUGGACCCCACCCCUGAGGGUCUCCGAGCCAGUGUCGAAUUGUGCAACUCUGCUCUUCGCGGAACGAAGAAGAUCGACCUGUUUCAGAUAGCGCGCGUCGUGCGCUCGAUUCCGUUAUCCGAACAGAUGAAGACGCUCCAGGUCUUCGUCAAGGAGGGUCUCAUCGGGCAUAUCGGCUUGUCGGAGUGCGCGGCCAAAUCUGUGCAGGAGGCAAACGAGCACGCCUCCAUUACUGCGGUCGAGAUCGAGGUUAGUCCGUGGUCGUACGAAGAUGAAACGAAGAAAGUGAUCGCUACUUGCGCUGAACUCGACAUCGCCAUUCUUGCGUACUCGCCGCUCGGACACGGCUUUCUCACCGGUCAGAUGGGCCAAAUCGGCGAUAAAGAUUGGCGCAAGGGCCUGUCGCGAUUCCAAGGAGAGAACGCUACGAACAACCUCAAACUUGUUGAGGCCCUCAAGACGGUCGCUGAGAAGAAGGGCAUUUCUUCCGCGCAACUGUGUCUGGCCUGGGUCCAGUCACUUGGCGAGCGCAUCGUUCCCAUUCCGGGCUCUAGCAAAGCCUCGCGCAUGGUCGAGAACAUUGGCACUAGCGACAUAGUACUGACCGCCGAUGAGCUCUCAGAGAUCGAGCGUAUCAUCGCUGAGUACCCGGUCUCAGGAGGUCGUUACUUCGAUGCAGCGGCUCAUGCACUUCAUUUGUGGGGAUGA